AUGCCUCCCAAAAAGAAGGCGCGUAGCAGUGUCUCGGCCGUCGCAACGCCAACGCCAGCUCGCGAUGAGGAUGCUAUGGAUGUCGACACACCGGCUGCCGAUACCCCUAUCGCGACCGUGCCUGCAGUCAAGCCAUCCUCGGAUGAAUGGCCGAACAAUAUGUGGACAGACGAUCAAAUCUCAUCGCUCUUCAAAGGAGUCAUUCGGUGGAAGCCCGCGGGUGAGCUCCCCACACGCCCCUCUUCAACUUCCCAGACGAACCCAUUGAAGCUGACACCCUUCUUCGCAGGUAUGCACAAGCACUUUCGAAUGAUCGCUAUCAGCGAACACCUCAGAAACCAUGGCAUCGACCCUGACUUCUACAAUCACACGCGCAUCCCUCACAUCUGGACGAGGCUGCGUACCUUCUACGACCUUAAGACGAUCGACCAGCGUGAGGACUUUUACGACGCGCAAGAGGACGAGAACUACGACGAUCGCUUCAAGGAGUUUGCGCUACCCUACGACGAGUUCGACGACCUGAUGAUGGAGCGCCGUCUGGCCAGUGGCAGCGAGCCCCCGACCUCGCCGCCCGAGCUCGACCUCACGCCACCACCACCGUCCCCUGGAGGUAGCAACACUGGCAGCAACAGCAGGCGGAGGAAGCGCGCCUCUACUGUCACAAAGAUGCGCGCCAGCACUAUUGAAGACACGGAGGACGGUGAUACCGAGACUGCAUCGCCGCCGCCCAAGUCGGCCAGGGUGGCCAGGAGCCAGAAACGGGCUCUCGGCAAGGCCAAAGCCGAGAAGGCUGAAAAGGUUGAGAAACCGGAAAAGUCUGACAAGGCUGGAAAGCCGAGUAAGACAGAGAAAUCCAGCAAGGGUGGAAAGAAUGGGAAGGGUGGAAAGGCUGAGUCGACCAACUCCGAAGACGAGGACGAUGAAGACGAGGAUGAGAGAGGAGAUGACGAUGACGAUGGGAAAGAGAGAGAUGAAGAAGAAGAAGAGGAAAAUGAAGAGGGGGGCAGCAGCUCUGGUAAUUCUGAGGAGGAAGACGGGGAGGAGGACGAUGACGACGAAGAAGAGGACGAUGAUGACGAUGAUGACGAUGACGAGGAAGAGGAGAGCGCCGAGGACAGCGGGACUCCGGUAUCGCGGCCAACCAGAGGGAACGCUCGUGGCCGUGCAAGAGGCAGAGGCCGUGGUAGAGGAAGGGCACGAGGUCGUUAG